AUUGGCCCUUCUCUGGCAGUGAGAUGGAGCUAAUUCUUGUAACCGGCUUUUCAUUAUCGAUACUCUUUCUCUUUGCUUGAAGACUACCUUCACACUAUCUAUUCGUGUGGUUUUUCGUUAUUCUGAAAUCAACCAACAUGUUUCACCCUAUUCCAAUAUUUACAGAUGUCAACUGAAGCAGAAAUACGUAAAAUCUACAGUAUCAUCUUCCUUACCGUCAGUAUCUGUGUUGGACUAGCAAGGAGCUCAGAGAUACUUCCUCGAGAAAAUGUUCGCAAGUUGAACUUCCUGGAUGCAACCGUAAAUGAGAGGAGCUAUCCCAACAUAUGGAUGCUCGAUAUGAGUAAUUCCAUCACCUUCACGCUUCCCAAAGGAAACCCCUUCUUCGCUCACCAAACACUGUGGUUUUAUCGGUGCAACAAUUGUUCGAUCCGGGACAUUUACAGGGAAUCCUUCAGUCGGCUACCACGUUUACGAGUUCUCCAUCUGGACAAUAACGGAUUACAGUUCAUCCAUCAGGACGCAUUUGUCAACAAUCAAAAUCUGGAGAAAAUUUCGCUCAGAAACAAUCGUCUGGUGGAAUUCAACACGUUUCGAACUAUCAACCGUCUGUUCUUACUUCGAGCAUUGGAUCUGAGUGAAAAUUUUGAGUUUGAUUUCAAUAACGUUGAUUUGAAGGCGGAACAUUUGAAACGCCUACAAUGUGAUCACUGCAACGUCACGAAACUGGAUAAAAGAUCCUUGAUUGGGAUGCCUUGGAUUUCAACUUUAACGUUACAGUACAACUCACUCGAGUACGUCGCAGAAAACACCUUCGAACAUUUGGAGCGAAUCGAAAACAUCGAUCUUAGUCAUAAUCCAGAGCUAAAAAGACUACACCUCAAAAGUACAACACUGAGGAUUGUUGAAGCCGAAAACUGUAGCUUAGAAGGGAUAUUAGACACAAACGAGCUUCCCGCCUUACAAUAUUUGAAUGUUCGACAUAACAGAAUAUCAGCAUUGAACGUACAUGGAUUUCAACAAAACCGGUACAUAAAAUCCAUUCUACUCGAUGGCAAUGAGAUGAAAAAGUUUCCUGAAAAGUUGCUGCACUUUAAUUUGGCGCAUCUAUCGACCCUCUGUUUGGAUCGAAAUCCCAUCCAGCCUUGGGCUUCAGCAAAUGAAGCGAAGCGGCUUUACAUUGCGCGGAAUUACCGCCGAAAUUGUCUUGACGAUCAUGAGCCAAUCAGGCAGUUCGAGCUUUAUCUUCCCGAGAAGAACGGAGAAGCAGUUUAUCGCAAGGAAACCAGGUAUGAAAACUGUUCUGAAAAUUCGUGUAACUUUCUCUCCUCUAACGUAAUUUACAUAGAGCCGAAUUAUUUCACUGAGAUGAAAAACAUCACCGAGGUUAAUCUGAUAAAUAGUCAUAACUUUGAUUUACCCUACCAUAAGGUAUUUAUUCGGAGUCAAUUCGUUCAACGUUUGUCUCUGGUCAACUGUUCCAUUACAAGUAUCUAUGAUUCUUCGUUUGAAAAACUCCCAAAUCUUCAAUAUCUAAAUCUGAGUGAAAAUAAACUCCAUUCUUUUGGUGUGCCCCAGAUUUUUAGAAGUAAUACAAAAAUAGAAUACAUAGAUUUAUCUAACAACGAAUUCAAAUCACUUCCGUUUGACGUUUUCCGGCAUCUGAAGUCUCUAAGGGUGCUUAAUUUUGAUUUCAAUCCUCAGCUACAUCCACUGCAUCAUAACUCUCUGUUCCUGGAAAGCGAAUCGUUGCAGCAUCUCAGCUGUCGGUUCUUAGCUUAGCUUAGCUUAGCUUAUUUGACUACUCAUAUCCACCUUAAAUCAUUGAACUCGAAAUGCUAUUUAAUUCUUUCAGGGGAUGGUAAUGCUAUUUAAUUACGUACUUCAAAACAAAAGAUGAUAUUUUUUUUUUUUUUUUAUCAAUUCAUGCGCAUUUCGAAUUCCAUGAUCGCUGGCGUGGCUAAGCAGAACAAGUUCCACGUAGCCAAUGGUUGCUACUCCGUGAUUAAUCGAGGCCAUCAAUUUUGCACAAAGUCCAAAAGAAUGGUGCUUGGGAUUAGCAGUUCAUUCUCAAUGUACAAAACUCAUGCUCUCCGUUUUUUUAAAUGAUUAAUAACGGCGCCGGCCACGUCCUAGUAGUCAAUGAGGAAAAAGGAAGGAAUGUUAGUUUGAUACUCUUUAGGUUCAACUAGCAACUUCAUGCUCCUGCAUACUCCAAAAAUAAUUUUGAAAUAGUCAGAACCAGAAAUAAGUAAGUAUCACCGACUAUGGAAACCGUCUGUACGUCUGCGAAUCUAUAUUCAAGUAUCAAAGGAAGGGGUUGUGUUAGUUGGAAAAAGGUAAAGAUCAGGAUCCAUUUUGGUCAAUGGUGCGAUCGUACUUUCCUACACCUUCUAUGCUCCUAGACAUUUCAUAAGGAAACUCCUACUUCUACGAGGCAAUCGAUAAACGUUAAAUAAAUAUAUAUUGAGUUAAGUAUUGAAAAAAAAUUAUUACCAUCCACAUUUCAUCUCUAUCAAACUAGCUUUUUUCCCUAACAGUGAUCCCUGUUUAAUCAAAGAAUUAUCAAAAGGCUUUUAUGGUUAAAAAAAAACAAUAUUUUGAAUUGAAUGUAUUUUUCAUAAUAUGCCGACAAAAACUUUUUAAACUAUUUUUAGUGAUUACUACCAUUUUGAAAAUUCUUCAAUUCUUUCUUCUCCUUACCUCUUUUUGAGCUUCAUUGCAUGUACAAAUUAAUGUUGAAAUUUUUGCUAGUUUUGAAAAGAUCUGUUUUUUUUCGAUUUACCAAUUCGAGUAACUACUAAUCAAUCAGAACAUUUUAUUAUUUUUAAAUGCUGAAUAUUUUGAGAAAAACAAAACGCGACCUUUUAAAAUUAACUUUAAAUAACAUGGAAACAGUAUUUCUAAGUGAUUGAAAUUUACUUGUAAAACGAAGGAAUAAAUCUGAUGAACAUAUACGAAUUUUGACAAAAAUGAAUGAUUCAUCGCAGCAGAAUCAUUAUAGAAUGAUGAGCAAAAUGGUGAACAAACAGCAGAUCUUGAGAUGGAAACGAAAAAGCAAUUGAUAUAUUAUUUCGACAUAUGGAAAGAAAAAAAUAGUAACACACAUGACAUGAUCUAAUUUAUAUGAAAAAAGCAGAUGAUAAUAUCAAUAAGUUUCAGCAAUCUUGUCUGUCAUAUUAAAAGUUUAAUCUUAAGAUUUCUAAUAUGAGUGACAAGAGCAACUUAUAUUCAGAUGAUUGGUUUUUGAAGUGAUUAUUGAAAAAUUUUACUUAAACUAGGAAUAACAACAAUUAACUCAAGUCUUUUUUGCCAUUCCAUUAAUAUUUCUAACUCUUUGUGAACAUCUAAAAUAAAUAAACAUAUGAAAAGUAAUAUAUAAAUGCUUAUUGGAAAAGCUGAAAUAAAAAUGUCAUGAAAAUACAACUAACACUUUUUUGAAAAUUAAAAGUAAUAAAAUAUCAAAUGUACAGUUCGUUUUUAAGUAAAACGUUAAAAAAUAUUAUUUUUAACUGUACAGUAUAGCAUCUGAUUUGUAAACGUUUAUUCCACUGGUUCAAAGCUGCAAUAAAAUAUGUAUAUUCAAUUAUUAAACACCAUGUACCAAUCAUGAUUUUAAAGGGAUGAAGGCGUAAUACAACUAAAAAUAGUUAUUAUGAAGUGAUGCUGUUAAUUUUUUUUCAUGAUAAUAUAUGGAGAUAUUUAAGUGCUUUCAAAAUUUCAAAUUUGAAAAAAAAACAUUCUUUAUUCGAGAUACUGAAAAUAAAGAAACAUUUUGAAGAUAAUAAGCUGAGAUUCAACUCCCGAUUUUCUAAAUAAAAUAACUGCCCGUAUUCGCAAAUCUACCCUAUAUGCAUUUCCAUAAUUUUUACAGUAUCUUAAAGGUCGCUUUUCAACUGAUUGCUUUUUAAUAGGGACUGGAAAAAACAUGAGUUAAGUUCUAAACUUUUUGAAGAACACAAAGUUAUGUUUAUGCCAUGUACAAUAUACGCACAAAGCUGCCCCAAACGUUUUGAACAAAAAACCAUCCAAUAACGUUGUUUUUUUUUAAAGAUGCAUACGGUGUAUCGGAAAUAACAAAUUUAGAUAUGAUUCAAAGAAUUUUUUUCUUAAAAAAAUAGGAAAGAUUUAAAAAAUUAAAAUAUGUUUUUCAAUGUAUAAAGGUAAAAACACAAAAAAAGUAUUCACAAAGCAAAUAUUUUAAGCCCUUUAUCUUCAACUAUUCCUUACAUAUGAGACAGUUUUGUAUGUGGCGACAUUGUAUUGAUUGAUAUAAUGGAUAUAAUUAUCAUAUAGAGUUGUACGGUGUCCAACAUGAAUGUUGUUGUAUAGUGCUAGUAUGAAUGGGCCAUUGAGGGGGACCUAUUUUUAAUUUAAUCUGUUGCUGUAUGAUAGAAGCCUGUAAUAUAAAGAUGAAUACAGAAUGAAAUUUAUUUAGAAAAACUUUUAUGUAAGACUAUAUGCAAUAAGAUAUCGCAGUUAUUCUCCAAAAAAUAUAUCAGAAAAAAGAAUUUAGUAACUUUUUUUAACAAAAAUCUUGAGUUUGUUGAUGGCGUAACUGAAAAAACUAUUUAUAAUCUCUGGCUUAAUUGCAUGGUUAUCUUAAAACUUUUUUCUCAAGUCCCCUUUCUAAAUCCGCUAAAAUCAAGAAAGAAUAACAAAAAUAAUAAUAAUAAUAAUAACAUUCGGAUACAACCGCUAUAUCACAUUGAAAAACUGUUGAAAAUUCUAUAACAAUUCAAAUGUUUCAUUAAAACUGCUUUUAAUACUUGAUGUUUAAAGUUCACGUGCUUUGAGAAAAUUUAGUUUUUUUAAUUGUUAAAUUUCUAAAAAUUCCAUUCAUCCACAAAAGAUGAAAAGUGAAAAAUAACCCUAAGCUUUAAUUAUAAAAACCAUCAACGGACGUUGAAAAAAAGUUCUUUCAACCAUCACACAGUUCAGGUUACUCAAUAAAGUGAAAAAAAAUUGCUGUGCUUUAAUGGGAGAACGGCUACUAGUCGGUAAAAUAGUAUACUGAAAUCUAUUUAUCAAUUCAUAUUUGAGAACAUUUUUGAUAAUUUCCAUGAUCAUUUAACUUUUUUUUUUAAUCUCAUAGAAUAUCGACGCCAACAAAAAGCUUCAUCGUUCAUAUGUUGAAAUAUAGGUGGCCGAAGCUUUUUCUUGUAUGUUGAAAACCUUUUCUUACAUGAAAACUUGUGUGCAAGUUUUGAAAGAAUAAACUUUUCUUGAAACAUUUCACGCCCUAAAACUCUAGAUGAAAUAAUUCACGCCCUGAAAUUGUCAUACCUUUCUUAAUAAGAAUGCAUUAUUAUCAAUUUAAAAUAAUUGGAAAACCAAAAGCGUUGGCAUUAAAACUAUCUUUUGUAAAACCACUUAUCUUCAAACCAUGUUGACACGCUCUGUUUCUCCCGUCCUGUCGGUCUUCUUAAAAACUCGUCCAUUUUGAUCUGGAGGGCAUAGCCCAGCCCCCUCGAACAAGUCACUUUCUUAAACUUACACUUUUUAACUUUUCUUCAAAUUUUCUAAGCAUAACUUCACUUUUUCCGAGCAAAACACCGACAAGCACUGAACCUGAGCUCAAAAUUAGUAGAUUUUGAUCGAAUUUUCGGACGAGUUUUUGAAAAAUAAAUUCACUGCAGAAAUUUGUCACACAUCAUCAUUCCCAAAGGCUUAUUUCUAGAACCAAAAUUAAACACUUCUCCCGGCGGUUUCCAAUGAUGAUAAUUAAUGAUUGCCGAUCCGAACGUAAAACGAUGAAAUUCUUGGAUAAAUCACUUUAACUUCACUAGUAAAAUCUGAAUUUCUGAAAAUUUUUCACUAGCGAAAAAAAAAUGCGUGCGCUUGCCACGAGUCCACCUGCAGCAUCUCAGCUGUCGGUUCUGCAGAUUUACUCGAGUCGAUAACAAAACCUUCAUCGGCCUGUCAAAUCUGAUAGAAUUGGAUCUUCAAGGCAACCAUAUUAGCACCAUCUAUCAGGAUGCCUUUCAAAUCAACCAACAGUUAAGAUAUCUAAAUCUUCAAGAAAAUUCCUUGUACACAUUCGCUCCGGACUUACGUUUGCUGACUUCGUUACAAAGCCUCUGCUUAUCAGAUAAUAGAGAUUUCGAUUUUAACCAUCCCAGCAGCAAACAUUUGUUGGAAAAUGUUGAUGCAGUUGAGGCCUUAGAAGCCAACUGUUCGGGGAAAACCUUCUCGGAGAAUCUCAUUGCGGAAAGAAACAAAAAAAUUACCAUGUUGAUUGACGUGGAUCCCACUGAGCCAAAUUUAGCUGCGGAGGUUCCAUUUGUCAAUGAAUCAUCCGGGGUUGUAUUUGAAGCUAGUUUUGGAGUUUUGUUGUUGUUUGGUAUUGUAUGUGUAGGUAUACUCGUGUGCUUUUUGAAGAAACGCAUAAAUACAACACAAGUUUUCAACAACGAUGUUCAGCCUAAUAAUUCUACAAAGUUUUCUACACUUCAGCAGAUUGAAUUUAAAACACCCUGAAACGUGUUCCGAUAUCAAGAUCAUUGAUGCAAUUUUAAACUUUUGAUUCUGGUCAUCUGAAAAGUGUCCAGCUAAAGUAUCCAAUCGUUUCCAAAGGGGAUUCAAUUGGCACAAAACUUCAACGGUGCAAACUCAAAUCGAGGAACAGAAUUUAUUCUCUUGCAUAAAACGCUGCUGAGCUGGUCCAGCGGAUUAACUGGCGCUAGACUGGUGUCCGUACAUUCUUACGGACAGGAUUUAUUUUCUUAAAUUCAGAUCUAGAUAUUUCAGAAUAGAAAGGCAAGAUUUUACAACUUUAGACCCAAUUACAAACUUGAAUUUCACUUUAUCUAUUAUCUCACACAAUUCUUAAAAGAAUUUAAGGGAUGGGAUGAAGGGUAUGCAGAAAAUUAAUCAAAAUUAAAAAAAAAAUUGAAAUGAAAAAAAUUGUUGAAUUCGGCAACACUGAGAAUAUAGAAAUUAAAAUAACUUUCUAUGGCAACGUUUGUUAUUUUGGCAUACCUUGGUAAAUCAAACAAAACAAAGUCAGUCAUUGAUAAAAGUUGUCUCAGAUUCGGCCCCUGGAAAAAGGCGGAUUGGCUUAGGAGCUGCUGCUGAUUUUUUGUUGUGAUUGGGCCUACCAGGAGAAAAAUAUGUAGUUAGAUUAGGAAGCGCACAUUUUUAUGGCUGUUGCUGUUGAUUGUUUGUUUUGAUUUGGCCUCCCGAUGAAAUAAGACGGAUUGGCUUGGGAAGCGCAGAUUUUUAAUGCUGCUACCGCUGAUUGUUUGGUUUGAUUAGAACUUUCGCUGGAAAAAGACGGCAUUGACCUGGGAAGCACAGAUUUUUAAAGCUGCUGCUGUUGAUUGUUAGUUUUGAUUUGGCCUUCCGAUGAAAAAAGACGGAUUGGCUUAGCAGGCGGAAAUUUUUUAAGCUACUGCUGUUGAUGUUUGUUGUAAUUUGGCCUCACAGUGGAAAAAGACGGAAUUAGAUUUGGAAGCGCCCAUUUUUAAAGCUGCUGCUGUUGAUUGUUGGUUUUGAUUUGGCCUUCCAAUGGAAAAGUCGAAUCAGCUUGGAUAGCGCAAAUUUUCCAGGCUGCUGCUGCUGAUUUUUUGUUUUGAUUUGGCCUUCCAAUGGAAAAGUCGAAUAGGCUUGGAAAGCGCAAAUUUUUCAGGCUGCUGCUGCUGAUUGUUUGUUUUGAUUUGGCCUUCCGAUGAAAAAAAGACGGAUUGGCUUGGGAAGCGCAGAUUUUUAAUACUGCCGCCGCUGAUUGUUUGGUUUGAUUAGAACUUUCGCUGGAAAAAGACGGCAUUGGCCUGGGAAGCGCAGAUUUUUAAUGUUGCUGCUGCUGAUUGUUUGUUUUGAUUUGGCCUUCCGAUGGAGAAAAAAAAAGACGGAUUGGCUUGGGAAGAGCGCAUUUUUAAGGCUGUUGCUGCUGAUUGUUUAUUUUGAUUUGGCCUUCCGAUGGAAAAGGACGGAUUUGCUUGAAAAGUGCAAAUUUUUAAGACUGCUGCUGCUGCUGAUUGUUUGUUUUGAUUUGGUUUUCGGAUGGAAAAAAAAAACGGAUUGGCUUGGAAAGCGCAGAUUUUAAAGGUUACUGCUGCUGAUUUUUUGUUGUGAUUUGGCCUUCCAGUGGAAAAAGACGUAAUAAGUUUAGGAAGCAAGGAUUUUAAAAGCAGCUGCUGUUGAUUGUUUGUUUUGAUUUGACCUUUCGGUGGAAAAAGACGGAUUGGCUUGGGAAGUGCAGAUUUUUAAUACUGCUGCUCCUGAUUGUUUGUUUUGAUUUUGUAAGACUAGCCACUAGUCAGUCGGCAGGCGUCCCAGAGAUUCCCUAAACAAUCCCUAGGGUCGGCAAGCUUACUAAUAAAGCAAAAUGCAAGGAAUAUUCGGAGGAAGAAAAACUCCACCUUCGAGCUUCAACUUAAAUUUAUUGGGGAGCACAAUCCAAGCUUUAAUUCCACCACUUUGAAACAAACAUUAAUGACAAUAAUGGUUAUCUGACCUUAUUAUUGCUACCACCUGGUACUGGUCCUCGGGUUGGUCCGACCUUGGGUUCGGUGAGGUCAAACUCGGUCCAAUGGCGUCGACGCGGCGAUGUAGCUGGCGGCGCACUAAGAUAGCGACCAGCGGCAGGUGCGAAGCGGUUGACGAGUAGGUUAUAGUGUACCUGUCCCCGCAGGGGGCUGUCGCAGGGUAAUUUGAAGCGUACCUGGUCCCACCUUGGGUGCUGAACCAGGCACGGAAGUGUUGUUGGUCGGAUCAAAUUCGCCAGCGAGAAAUUCACCCGAACUAGCGGCGGUGCGAUGCGCGAAACCAACGGCUGAUUUAAAUCCGUCUAACGGUGGAUUUAAAUCCGGAGGCGAUGGGGGAUACCUCUAUUGUAGCGGCAGACGUAACCUCCAAGGCGACAACAGUUUUACGGCGGAUUCAAUUCGUAGGUUUGUAUUUGAAUCCGGUUGAACGGUGACGGCUCGGCGAUGGGUUGUUAUUUCAUCCCGAAACAGCGGGGUGACUUCAAACUUAUCACAAUAUUCCAAAUUUCUUCCGAAGUUCUUUCGUCAAUCGUUGCUCUCGCCUCGCGCCUUUUUUGUCUCGUCUAAAUCCCAUUCGCCUCUUCUAUUUCCAUUCGCCUCCGCUGGGUAGCUUGCGGUCUCUGGUGGUGAGUGGUGAAACCAGUAGUGGUCAUGGCUGCGUGCUGAUCGUGGAAGUUUUCGCCUUCCAGUGGAAUAGUUCAACCCCCAAAAUACUCACUGCAUAUAAAAUUACAAACUACGAACAAAAUCGCUGAGACCUCUUUCGAGAGACUAGCAACGCUUACAAUUUGGCCUUCCACUAGAAAAAGACGGCAUUGGCAUGGAAAGCGCAGAUUUUAAGGCUGCUGUCGCUGAUUGUUGGUUUUAAUUUGGACUUCCGAUGGAAAUAGACAGAUUGACUAAGCAGGCAAAGAUUUUUAAGGCUGCUGCUGCUGAUUGUUUGUUUUGAUAUGGCCUUCCGAUAGAAAAAGACGGAAUAGCUUAAGAAGCGCAGAUUGUACAACAACUGCUGCUUAUGGUUUUUAUUUUCUUGUGAUUUGGAAUGAACGUAAUUGGAAUAAAAAUGUCAUUUACAUAAGAAUCUCAUAUUAUUAAGCUGCUGCUGAUUGUUUGUAAUGUAGAAUUGUAGAAUUGAGAUAAAAGAUUAUGAAAUUAAAUUUUCGUUUAGAGAUAAACAUAAGUAUGUGAAUUUAACUUUCUAUUGAGAAAAAAGGUGAGGGGGAUUGUAGAGAUGAGGUGAAGGAUAUUAAAAAACUAAGAAAUAUAAAUUUAAAUUUUAUUAAUUUGAAAAACUUGUGCGAAUGUAGAAUAAAAAUGAUAGACUUUAAAAAAAAAUCUUAAAAAAGUCGAACGAUAAAAAAAACAAUUGAGAAUAGAGGUGAGAAGGAAUGUAUAAGUGAGAUAAAGGAUAAGUAAUAAAUCAAAUUUAACAAAAAUAAUUUAGCAUUAAAUUACAGUUGUAUUCGGCAACACCGAAGAUAAAAAAAUAGAAAAAAUUAGAGCAAAAUAAGAUACAAGAACAGCGGUUUUCGCCAUCGGAUAGGUUCUCAAUAACAUGCAUUCCAAACUAAUAAAAUAGAUUGCGAUCAUUAAGCUACCUGUAACCAGUGAUUAUUUUUAUUUACAUAGUAUUCCGUCUUCCGACAUUUCUUUACGAACAUAGUUCUAGAAA